AUGCCGACCAUUCACCGUGUCUCGUUCCGUCUGUGCUGCGCCUUUUUCCUUCUUUGGCUUGUUGUCCAAGUCAGUAAAGGUACAUAAACAUGAGUUAAAAUUCUCAUCAAUUUUCUUAUUCAUUAUAAUUGCUGUUUCUUACUAAAGGUGAUUUCUUAGCGUUGGACAAUCACAAGAAAAGAGGCAGUUUUAGGGCGUGGCAACGUUCGCAAAGAAAAAAUUAAAUCGCGUCGAAAAUCAGUUGUGUGUUUCAAUUAAAAGGUUAACAUUUAAAUAUAAAUAACUAGGUACAAAAAAGUCGUAUUUCUUAUUGUUCUUCACAUUGCAAGUAUUUUAGUUUUUAUUUCUUUUAAAUAGCAAGCAGCUUUAAAGCUGGUAAAGCCAACGUGACUACAGUCUCUCCUGGGCUAUUCGCUUGCCAGCAGGUCUCGUUUGCGGCACCUUUCCAUGGUGGACACGAAGUUACCGUUCUUGCUUCACUGGGUCGUUCUAUCAAAAGCCCUACUCGUGGUAACGGGGGCGCCAUCUGGGUGGAGUCAGUAGAUCAAAGUGGUUUCAAGGCUUGUAUUCUAGAAUACAGUGAUGGGUCCAAUAACACAGCACAGGUGAACUGGAUAGCAACACAAUCUACUCCAUCUGGAGGCAAAAAAGGAUCUAUAUCUUUAGGCGAUUGGACAACAGGAACACAGUGCAAAAAAAUUACUUUUCAGCAGGUAAGUGUUUUAAUUUGUAUUUUUUCUGAUUAAAGACAUAUUAAGAGUGGUUUCUCUCUCUCUCUCUCUCUCUCUCUCUCUCUCUCUCUCCAUUUAUCUGCAAAAAAAAUCCAGAAGGCAAUAUUUCCAUUUUAUAAGAGGUCAUGACAUCAAUAUAUCAACGGUACAGAUACCUUAAGACGGUUGUAAACAUUUUAUUGAUUCAUUUUGGUUCAUUCAUUAUUUUUCUUUUUUUCUCUUUUUUAUCAUAUGCGUUUCUGCUUUCAUGACAAGCCUUAUUUCCCUUGAGAUAAAAGAAGAAGUACAAAUCAACGAUAACUUAUCAGAUAUGUAUACUAAUUUAAACCUUAACUUAUAGUUUUAUGAAAUGUCUCCUUUGGGUUGUUUUCAGCCUUUUCUGUCGCCCCCAGUCAUACUAGUAACCCCUAGUCACAAGACUCCGGAGAGACCUCAAGAUGCAAUGGCCGUCUGGAUGGAGGACUCGCGCGAGGACAGUUUUAAGAUUUGUCUUAAGGAAUCUAAGAUCUUCGAUGGAGUUCACAAAGAUAUUGAAGUUGUGAGUCUAUUGCACGUUAUUUUAAGUAGAUCAAAAAAAGCAUCCUUUUUGAAAAUGAUAAUUACAAUUUCUUCAUUACUAUAUUCAACUCACCGCAGUUGAAAUAAAUGAUUAACGGAAAAAACAAAACAAGAAAACAGAAAAAGCAAGGAAUCAGUUAGCCACCUAUACAAAUUACAAUCUGCUAUUUUGAUGAAAACUCAUUUACAGUACUUUAUAAUAGCGGAGCUCCACGCGCGCGCGAGCAGAGCCCCAUAGCUAAGUAAAUCUACCCAUCCCAAGAAAUUUGGUAAUCACAUGACCGUACACCGCCCGCCCGCUGCCCGCCCGUCCGUCCGCACCACACUGAAACCAAUGCUCAAUCUCACAUUUUCUAGCUAGUUUGGGAGCACAGGAAAACUGAUAUUGCACAUAUAUUGCUCAUCAAUGUUGUGAUCAAUUGACAGCUGUCAGAACACGGUAUCCACUGACCAGUAUCACCUGACCGUAUCGCGGGCUCAGGUGCCGACCCAUCGAGGUUGAGUAUUUUUUGAAGUUAUCCGCUGACAAGUUACCAGCUUUCAAAUGAUCGCAGGCUCAAGUUUAUUUUUUUAAAUUCAUGUGAAAUAUGUUGUGUUUAUGAGCCACACAAUUAAAAUUUUGAUUUUAAACGGACCUCGGACGCGAAAAUUCAGCCAGCUAUUACGGGCAGGGAAGACAGUUGCUUUUGACUUUCCUCACCAUGGUCACGCUGUACGUCCAAUUUUUGUGCUCUGAUUGGUCAAAAUUUCACAGGUGUCUUCAUGCGGAAAAUUUAGGCCGCAUCUUGAAACUUGUUUACUUUGACAGCUGAAGCUGACAUAGUCUGUAUCAACUUGUGAUGUUUUUAAAUGGCCUUUUUUUGCUAGAUGUACAAAAUGAAAUUCAGCUGCUAUCAAGAGUCUUCUGUUAUUCAUGGCUAGUUUGUUUAUUGGUUUUUUGGUUGAGAAAUGCGUCGCUUGUCAAAGUCGGAAAUCCGAUUUCGGAUGGCAUGCUUUUCAUUUUUCACCUUGCUUGAUGCCUAAGAGGGCUGAAAAGUUUGAAGCGAUUCUCAGCUUACUUGAUAGCUCUCAGGAGCUGCAUCUCGAAUGGUAAGCCUGCGUAAUUAUUGUAUUUGAUGUUUGUUUUUUCUAUCUAAUUUAAUGAAGGCGAGCGUAGUUUAUGCGGCUAUUUAGUUUAUGCAGGUUUGCAAGAUUUGAGAAAAUGAUCUUAAGCUUACCUAGUAUCAGGUUUGAUAUAAACUUGCAGAACUUUAAAAAGCCUUUAGACAUAUUCUCACCUCAAAUAGAAAGAAAACGUUCCAAAGAAUAUUUAGUUAUAAUUCUGCCUGUAAAAGGAAGCCUUGAGCGAUUUUCUUGCCUCGAGUUCAUCUUUGAAAAAAGCAAACACCAGGAAGCCGGCUUAAAACAUAAACUUAGGCUUUAAGCUUGAAGACUCGGGAUUUCUAGAGAAACUUUAAUCCUUGUCUUCGGGAAUGAAAAUUGUUGUCUCUGUAUAAGUUUCACUGAAUUUUAUUUCUUUUAUUGAUUGUUAGUAGCCUCUCUUGGAAUUUUUAUCGCUGUGCCGUGUGUUUUCAGUUGUUCGUGAACAUCGCUUGCAGGAGUACUCAAAAUGCCGCGCGUAUCAAACGCUUUUGAAGAUUACAGAUCGUUUAUAAAACCAUUAAAUAAAAAAUUAAACUUAAUACAAUCUUUAUUAUGUCAUUUGGCGGUUGUCAGAGCCCGCUGGCCGUAUAGGUGAUUUUUAUUUUAACGAUUUCGCUAAAAGCCCACGCGUGCUUCCAUCGUCCUGAAUAUUUAAUGAGUAAAAUUUGUAUUGCAAAGUUGUGAAAUACUGCAUUCUGUACUCUAUGAUAAAAACAGCGUCUCAAAGUACUGUUUCACCUCAGAUGUGAUGUAUAAAAAGUAUAAAAGGUUGGUUUACACGCCCCCAGAUUUGUUGGCAAGUAAACUUGUCAAACGCAAAAAAUUCGACCUGAUUUGUUUUCCAAGAAUUUGUUUUCUAGGCCUAAUCUACCGUAACCAAGAGCCAUUAUGUCUCUUAAAUGUGAUCGAAGAUGCUUGCUAUUUUUGUGUGUGCAUGAAGCUAUCAACUCGAUGUAAGAUUUGGUUCACUCUUGGACUGUUUGCAAUUUUUUUUUCUCUAAAGUCACUUAGCCUUUUCCUCAAAAGUCACAUCAAUGUGCUCUUUUAACGGUUAACUGACUUGUUGGAAUACAAGUUUAUUCUUUGAUUUAAAUUACAAAUUUAUUAAUGGGAGCUUCGCUUUUAGCCCUGGCUAUAUCUAUAUAUUAGUCGAUUUGCCAUCAGUUUAUUUAAGAGAAGGUCAAUUUAGCCAACUUAAAAGCCUCUUAAGCUUUAUCCUUUUGUCAUAACAGACCUUUCAAAAUUAAUGUUUUACUUCUCAGCAAUAUAACCUUUACAUUUCCCAAUUUUCUGGAGUGAGGUUGAGUAAAGUGUGACGUUGCAAUCCACAUUAGUAUUUCCUAGGACCCCUGAAAGGUAUGGAGUUCUAUCCCCGCCAAAAAUCAAAGUAGAUCACAACAUUCAACUCAAGAGUGUAACAUUUGACUUGAAGAAGAUCAAAAUUAGAUUUUGCAGUUCAAUUUUGUAGUUCUUAACGCAAGCUUCAAAACUUUAGGCUUCAACUUCAUUAGUGAGAGUUAAACAUUAUACACUUAAUGUCAGAUCCCAAGGGAAACAGUUAGUUUUGUUUUCCCGAGAGUCCUGAUGUUUCCCGAGACGAAGUCGAAGGAAACAUCAGGACUCGAGGGAAAACAAAACUUACUGGUUUCCCGAGGGAUCUGGCAUUAAGUGUUUUGUUAUAUUUCUAGACUUUCACUUCAACAGCAACAAAAGAAUAACCGGAGCGAACGAAAACGAACCAAAACAGUCGACUCGGUACUUAUGACAACACAAAUUUAAUUCUCAAAACCACUGAACGAAUGAUUUACAAACAAAAGUACUUUCCUUAUAUCAUCUGCAUCUUUUUCCUCCACUAGCUGCUGUUUUUCUUCUGGGAACUUCUGGGAUAACUUUAAAAAUCGUUGCUUUUUAGCUUGAGGCCUCGUGAUUGUGUUGUUGUGUUCAUUCACGAAAAAGAAAACUGGCAGAACCUGGCGGUGUUUUUCCCGCCUUCGGUCACGCCACUUUCCACCAUGCUUUGAUCACGUGCUGCAACGAGCGGGAUACAUUGUUUAAUGUAUCUCGAUCGGGAUACAUUUGAUUUUAGUCAAGGCCACGUGACCAAGAAUCAACCAAUGGCAGUCCCUGUUUAGUUGAGUGAAAUUCUAGGAAUAUAACAAUACACUUUGUCCAUCAACAUCCAAGCUUACUGAUCAACAUUGCUCUCGAUAUAUGCGCUUUUCGCGAAAGAUGAACUUUGACUCAUCAAGUUGGUUGUUGAGUUACCAAAGGCGUAUCAAUACCGCCAUAAAUCGAAGUUGAGACUUAACAUCGAAUGUUACGUACCAACAUGCAAUUUCGGCAAUCAAAAUUGGUGUUGACCAUAAAGACAAUUAAAUUGGUCGCUUUUUUUUAGCAAACCCGUUAACAUUCUCGGUCAGCAUAAACAAUGUUGAGUUGCACUGCGUGCCAUUUCGGAUGGUGGACGGCGGACGGCGGAUGACGGACGGCAGAAAAAAAAAAUUAUAAGAUAGAUACAUAAUUAACCCAGAUUGAUGAAAAUUAUAAGCAAUUCAAAUUUCAAAAAAUGUAAAUAUUAGUUGUGACAUCUUCUGAUAUAGACAGAGCAUUCAUGCAGCUAUGUGGCUCCCUCGGGUGUGAGUUCCAACUCGUGGCCGAUGCGAGGAGAAAAGAUCUGCAGUUUCUGUUUGCGAAAUUCUUUUGCUGUAAGACCCGUUUGCCCAUGUCAAAGAAAAAUCAUGGACAAGAGAAGCUACGUUGAUGCGAAACCAUGAGAAAAACGAAGCGCCUGAGGAGGCGGCUGCUGAUGUACUAUUUGGUCGGUAGGUACCUCAGUAUGUUAAGUUUUGCAGUUUCCAUAAUUUUUUUUUUUGUUUACCGCAGCUUAUGUCCACUGCUUUUAAUGGUUCUCUUCCUGGUCGACUGACUCCAAUAAGAAAAACACAAACCAAACUUUAAAACUAGUUGGAAGAGCGGGCUAGGCUUCUCACCUAGAUUCAGGCCUUUCGAAGAGGGGUGAGCGGGGAACGCUAAAAAGAUAUAAUAGUUGGCCGAACUUUAAAAAAUUUCUUAGGUCUCAGCGUUCAAAGUGUACGCAUUUGUUUAGUUAUUUGUUUAUUGAUUUAUUUUUAUUUAAUUUUAAGGAUCGAGCCACGAUUCGAGAGAAAGAGUCCCCGGGGCCAUUCGGGACACUCGUGGGCAUCACACUUCGAGAACUUUAAUUUCUUCAAACUAACUAGACAACCUGCACAACAGCUUUUGUUUUAUACUUAAUUAGAAAAAUCACGUUUAUCUUUAGGAAGAAAUUCUGUCUCUCAUGGCCAGUCUGCUAAACACCUUGUGCAAGCCUUGCUACUCAUCUUUCUUUGAAUGCUCUGUUAUUUUCUUUGCUGAAAAUUAUCAGGAAAGAGUUUUUACUAACACCUUUUUCCGUACAAACAGUGACAUAUCGAAGCAUUUUUUUUUUUUCAAUAUAAAACUUUAAGAAAUAUACAUGUGCUUGACUUAAUCACUUUUUUGCUGGUUAUUUAAUACAGGUAAAAGUAGCCCAUAGUAUAAGCAAACAUUACAUCUGCAUCUAAAAUUAAAGGGAAAGCAAUAAUAGCCUAUCUUACAAUUACAUUUGAGGCUGGAGUUGGUCUUGUUUUGAUACAAACCAUCCCUCUUUACUAUGUAGAUCAUGUUGCUCUUAUGCAAAUAGUUUUUUUUUCAACAAAAUUUACAUUUAUAAGAAAAGGAAGGAGGUUUAAUUGUAUCAGCCUAAGCCUCACAUUCACUCAAAGACUGGGGGCGCUUUCCAAAAGUGAGAACAGGCCGGCCGGACCAUGGCUGCACCGGGCAUUUUGGUAGUGAAAUAUGCCUUUUUCCAGGAGGUUUUGCUGAAAAACCAUCUCCUUUGUGCGUAAUAUUUAGGAUUUGACUGAUCUGGGUGGUUAGUUUUGAUUAAAAGUGAAAUUCUCAUUACGACGGGAGUAGGCUGGCCGGCCAGUUCUCACAAAUGGAAAGCGCCCUAGGACUCCAAGCCAACAACUGUAAAAUGGCCUAUUGGUCUUGAAUGUACAUAGUGUAAGUCCGUCUGGAUGUCAUUCUUUCAGCAAUAUAAUCAUUGUGUUUUCUCUUCAGUGUUCUACCAUCUAUCUAUUUUCAUCAGUAAUAUUAUUAUUUCAUUUUACCUUCCCUUUCAACAAUAAUAUAAUGUGCCCCAGUUAUCAUGAUAUACCUGUUUAAUAACUUUUAGUACUUCAUACAGGUUUAGUAACAUGAAGGUCUAGAUUGCUCAGGGUAAUGGGUAGUGGGUGACUGGUAAAUCAGAUAAUGAUAGAGAAAAAAACUUAUAUUGGCUGAAGAAAGAGAGAGUUUCUGAAUGAAUUUUUUUAUGAAUGGUUAUAUUGUAGGUACAGGAUUCUAAUGAGAUGCAACAUUUCUAUAAAAAUUCUGUUCUUCCUAUUUUUUAUCAGAUGUUUACCAGACCCAAAGUUUUAGUUGUGUAAAAAGACAAUUUGUGAAUUACAGUCUGUAAAAUUUUUGCUUAGUACGAAUUAUUGUGCUUUUUCAUAUUAUCUAAAAGGACAUAUGGCAAAUAAGCAGCUUCAUGCAUUUUUGCUUAAAAGAAGCCUUGAUGAUAAGAGUCUCAGCUCUUUGUUAUAGUCUUGUACAAAAAGCUGUAUUUCCUAUGCAUGUCUCUACAAAUUUGGCAAACACUAUAUGGCUUAACGUUUAUGGUUAUGAUUAUGGCAUGAUCUGUUUUGAUACAAGAUUCUGACAUUUUAUUCAAGAUAAAAAAAAUAUAUUUUUCGGCAUUCAAAUCAUAAAGGGUAAAUUAUGUCCAGAAAGUUUUACUCUAUACUGUAUAUUGAAGGCAAGAGUCUAAAAUAAUUCCACACAGAAUAGCUCUCAAAGCUGUGCUUGCAUUUAUGCUUGCAGUUUUAGGACUUCAUCUAAGUGGGAAAUUUGGCAGCUGGCACCUCAUCAUGAAUAUAAUGUGCUGUUUCUCAUAGUCCUGGGAGCAGCUACUCAACAUUUUACAAGGGGUGGUUUCGCCACAAGUUGGCUACAUUUCUCUGCACCCUUUGAGGCUGUGCAAACACAUAGACCAAACCCAAGGUCCAAUGUCUUCUUCUUUAUUGCUGACAGGAAAGGUGUCCCUUUUCUCUCUUCUCCCCCCCCCCUAUAUAUUCAAACUAUUUCUUAAAAAAAUUCUAGCCACUUGAUGGAUAAAAGGAUAUACCCUUCCCAAACACCAAACCUGUAAGGACAGACCAGUCGUAGAAAUCAGAGUGGGCAGUGAUGUUGUAUAUCUAGCUUUAGCUAUGAUAGUAUCUGUACAGCCCCCGAAACGAUCCCGACCCCAAAAUGAUCCCCAACCCUGAAAUGAUCCCCAAAUCGACUCCGCAAUGAUCCCCACUUAAUUUUAGGAAUGGAAGAUAUCCUAGAACUAUGGAUCGUGCAUAAUGCACAACAUCAUAACUUAGGUUUCACUUAUAAUCUUCACUUGCCCACAUUCUUUAAUGACAUUAAUUUGACAUUACACUUUGAACUAGAUUAAACAAAAAUAUUAUUUAAUACACAGAGUCUAGUACAUUUUUAGUAACACCAUGAACAGCAACUGAUAACAUCAAGAAACAUAACAUUUAUUAUUAUUAUUAUAGAGAAAACUGCAUAGAUGUUAAAUUCUAAAAAUGAUGUUAAAACUGCAUGCCUUGAAUAUUGAAUUUUAAAAAUGGUGUUUUAACCCUUUUUAAAAUUUUAAAAUGAUGUUGAAAAUGCAAACGUAUACCCCGUUCACACUAACGCUUAAACAUGUUUAAAUAAUGUUUAGUUAAACUCAGUUUAAAAUAAAAACAGUUCACAUCGCACGCUGACGCAAUCUAAACAUGUUGAAAACAUGUUUAACUAAACAACCUGUAGGAGGUAGUUUAACUUUCGCGUGAAACUAAACUGCUUCAAAAUGGCGGCUCCAAAAAAAGUUCGCGGAAGAACGUGGGAGGGCCGGGAGACUAGAGUUUUGCUCGAAAAAUGGGGAGACGAAAACGUCCAGCUAAGAUUGACGUCUUGUACUGUAAAAAAGCCAAUAUGGCAAGAAAUUGACUUUUUAAUGGCCUGCGGACAUGAAGACCGCGACAGGGAAGCCUGCAAAACCCGCCUCCACACUCUUGUAACGGCAUACCUCCAAUACAAAGACGAACUUAAGAAGACGGGAAACGCCACAACAAGCGAAAAACCACCAUUCUUUGACGAGCUGGAUAAAAUACUAUCCGAUAAGCCGAGUACACAAUCAAAAAUUGUCAUCAAAUUCGACAACAAUUGCUACGGCAUCAUCGUGGGAAGACAAAACUGAAAAGUGAAAAUAUUGAGAUCAUCCCGAAGGGCAGCAGUAGCAGCAGCAGAAGCGACAUCAACAACAGUUCUUCUUAAAUGCUACACGCCACGAAAAUCUGAAAACAGGAUAUUCUAUUGGGCAACGAAACAAUAGUUGAAUGAUGAAACAAUGAAAGGUUCGUUUUCGACGGCCAAUGAAAAUGGAGGUUUCCGAGAGCACCUUACUUGAAGCACACUGUAUUUUCAGAAACAGUGAAGAAAACUGAGGAGAGGAAGAAACUUUUCCUCGGAAAGAAGAGGAGACUUUCAGCUGCCGAUGGUUUCAACAAAAUCGAAAAGGCUUCGGAAGCCUUCAUGAAUUACCAACAAGAAGCUGACAGGCGUUUUUGGGAGGAAGAAAGAGAAAGAAGAGAGGAAGAGAGAAACGACUAAAAGAAGAUCAGGAGUUUUUCCUGAAACUGAUGCAGGCACUCAACAAGUGAAAUCGUUUACUUUCACACAGGUUUGCUCCGUCUAUCGAAACUUCAUGAAAGCUAUUUUAUAAAAGAACUUAGGAAGGAAUCCACCAGUCUUCUUAAUUUUCAGUGAACAAAAAUCUUGUACCCGAAUAAUUUUAAUUAAAGAACAUUGCCUUCUUUUUUACAUUUUUCAGGGGCUAUAGAUGUAAUCAGUUUAAAUGAAUGUGAAAUUUCACAAGAAUGGUGAAAACAUCGGUAAAAAUUCUGAAAAUUUCAUGUGUAAGAUGUAAUUUUGUUAAAUUUGACAUUCAUUUUCUCGGGCUCCCAUAAGAAAUAUUCUUUUGUGUUAUUACAGAUGACUAAUUACAUCUUUAGUCCUAAAACAAUGUGAAAAAGAAUGCAGUAUGCCUAAAAUUGUUCUGGUAGAGGAUUUUUGUCCACUUCAAAUUAAUAUUAUUCAAUUCCCUGAUGGAUUCCGUCUUAAAUCUUACUCAACUUUUAUUUACUUUAAAAGGUGAAUAAAUUUCAUCGACAGUCUUUUCUCCCCAGUUCAAGGGAUUGCAAGCUUACAUUAAUUAAAGCACAAGGUUGAAAUAGGGUUUUUGGAAAAGAUUUUUGGAGAAAAGUGUAGUUUUAGAUCUGGAGUGUGAGUUCCCUUUCCUUUGACUCAUUGAAGCUGUCAGAUCAUUCAAAUUUUUAACAGAGUAUUGUAUAUUACAAUUCAGGAAAAAUGCAACUUGUUCAACUCUCUUGGACAUCAAAUGCAUCAAACUCUGAUGCAGUGAAUUACUGUAGAAUCUCUUUAUAGAUAGCUGUCAGUGGCAAAAGAACUCAAGCAGAAGACUUCUAGUAAAAAAUUUUGUUUUAUUAGAAAUCAAUCAGUUAUGUUCCGUUGUAAAAUUUAUGAAAAGUCUGUUGCAAAAACAAGUCAUAUUUUAGUGACCAUAUUUAGCAGCAUUUUGUGUCAUUCAAGAUGAAGAUUUUAAUAGUUUCGCCCAUAUUUUUCGUACGGGAAAGAGGGGAAAAAAGUUGUGAGUAAGCAACAAAAGAAACAGCUGUGAAACGACAUAUGCGUACAUAUUCCUGAAAGCUCCUUCUUGCAUCCCUUUUCCGUUCACAAAUAAGUUUUCGUUCUUGAGCUUUCUUUGUCUGGGCCAAAAAAUAAAACCAUAGCUGGACCGUUCAUCUUCAAACUCAAUUUUAACUCACUUUUUAUUAGAUUGCGUGAUGUUUACAUCAUGAAAGUGAGGCUGCAAACAUCAAGACGAGGCUGAAGGUAAUCCCUACACACGUUUUCGAUGUGAACGGCUUUUUAGCAAAACACAUUUAGUUAAACCAGUGUUUAUCUAAACUGUGUUUAGUUAAACAUGUUUAGUUGGUGUGAAUGGGGUAGUAGACAUAGAGAUCGACCAGAGGAAAAAAAGCGCAAAAAGAAAAUCACAUAAACUGUAGUGAAAUGUUAAAUGCGAUUCAAAAACGUAAACGCUGCAACAGACUUCUAAUAAUUCCGUGACGGAAUACCAUUUCAUUCCAAGAAUUAAUUGGGGAUCAUUUUGGGGUCGACGUGAAGAAAGAUGGGGAUCAUUUCGGGGGCUGUACAUAUAUCCACUUCAUUGUACACACACUGAAUAUACUGCACCUACUACUAACUAGUGCUCCACUUUGUGCAAAGAAGCUGGUGCCGCAUGCUUAUAAGUGCCAGUGUUAGUUUGGUAAUUAUUUACAUUUUUGCUGAUUACUUUAGUCUCUUGCAGUAGACUAAGCUGAGAAAGGGAUACUGUUAUUUACUGUUGGGCGGUCGUAACAUACAAGUGGCCCUAUCACUAGAGGGCUUUAUUAGUCAGGGCGCUUAAAACUGCAAUACAUUAAUUCUUCUUAUUUGCAAAUGAUGGAAGGAAUAUUAGGGGAGUGCGUAACCAGGAUUUUAAAGUAAUCCAUUUUCAUUUUUUUUUUCUUUGAUCCAUCUGAACAGUAGUUAAAAGAAUGUGAAUGGACUGGCCAGAAUUACCUUAGGGAAUAGACAAGUCUGAAUGACACUAAUUUGUAAUAAAAAUGACUCCACGAUUGCUCGGCGAAGCAUUGUUGUGGUGAGAUCGCCAUCUUUGUUGAUGCUACGUGUCUAUAAGUAGAGCUUUAUCCACUGAAAAAAUACCGUAAAAAAACUUGAAACAUGCUUUUCUGUCUUCACGUUGAGUUUGUUUUUAUGUUAAUGUCCUUUACUUGGCUUACCGAUGACCUGUUGAAGGGUAAUCCUCCUUCGAAGUUCAGUUGAUCAAUUUCAGCCGUUCACAUUUGUAUGUUCCCAAGAAACCCAAGAAACCUGGAAAGUUCGAACACGCGCAGACAAAAGUCACCUUUGUUCCACUAGUAGCGAAAAGCGCCGGCUUUUUAGCGGCAAAAAAGGAUUAAAGUCUAGCAUUAACUAGCUAAAAUUGUUUUGUCUCAAUAUUUUUUACCAACAAGUUGGAUUUUACUGAAAUAAUUAUUCCUCUCGCCCUCAAUAGCCUAUUCGGUAGGUUUUAAGUUUAUGCUUAAAAAGUUUAUGCUUAAAAAGACUGCAUGCAUGAGCGUAUGUCGUCAGGUAGUUUGUUCCAAAGUUCGGAGGAUGGGCGUGAUGUGAUCACACUUCCUAGAGGGUGUAAUCAGUCUGUCAGCUGCAUUCUGCACCGAUUGAAGCUUUUUGAUGACGUUUUUAGGGACAUUAUAUAGAAGAGAAUUGCUGUGAUCGAGUUUGGAAGUUACGAAGGAAUAAGAAUCUCAGUAGCUUGCGUUGAUAAUUAUUUCCUUAUACACCGUAUUCACAAAUGGCGGACACGCGGGAAAAAACUGGAGCCUAGUCAUGAAAGCGAGGCGUUGGAGGGUAAACAAAAAUUGCAAAUGAAGACUUUCAGUGAACUUGCAGAGUGUUUAGCACGGAUUCCACGUAAAACAACUUUGUAUGGACGUCUUUUUAAAUGCAAUGACGUAGGACGUCUUCUGCUGUUAAUGUUUAGUACUGAUUUGCCGUUUGCAAUCAAAAGGGACGCGUAUAUCUUCAAGGAAACAGGAUGAUUUUGUAGGUUGCCGAAGCCUCAGAAGCUCGACAAGUGGGCGAUGGCUGGAGAAAAGCGUCAAACUUGUUGGCCCAAACUUCACGCUGAAACCGAAUACGAAAGCCAGCUCACUGCAAUUCCGUAAUACAGAAUUAAAAACAGAUAUUGGUGGCAAGAAAAAAAGAAAUAAGCGACGGAUAUAUGGCCUACUUGUCAACGGAAGAGACCUCCGCCAUUACACAAAACAGGUCAAGUAGAGAGCGGGUGAAGGAUUCAUUCACGAGACUCAUUCAUUCAUGCCAGUGUCAUUUUAUACAUAUCUAUGUAUGUCUGUAUUUACAACUUCCUUUGGAUGAUAUUAAUUCCGUCGCUUUGGAGUGAAUUGUUAGAGGUAGUCGUUGGCAGAGCUUAGCAAAAAUCUUUUGAUUUCUUUGUCAUUGCCAAAUAACAUAAUUUUAUAAAAACUAGAAGCUCUAGUGUGUGAAUCUUAUGGCUUGCUAUUUGCCUGGUCUCCUUUAGGGCAUUAUCUCGGAGAGCUCACGGUAAAAAAGUGGUAUAAAGCUCACAUUUUACUAGGUAAACUUUUAAGGCAAUGUUUGUGUCAUGACUGAACACGGUAAGCUUCUGUUUCGAAUCAUUAAAUUCGAGUCUGGAUCCGUUGAAGAAGACCAUCAUUUUAUUUAUUUAUGUAUUCUUCACUUUUAAAAUAUUAUGGAACAUGAAGUUAAAACUCUUAACAGCAAAAGAUAAGAAAUAGGAAAAUUACUCGCUGAAAUGAUAUGUGGCCGGCUUACCGAGUCUGCCGAGUAAGAAGUUGAAAUUUUGAGCGUACUCCACUCGAUCGCUCCCGCAUUUAUGCUAAAAAAAAAUAGUUCUAAUUGAUGUCCUUCAUUGAUAAAGACCAGAGAAUAACGUCCUGGCAAACAAAAACCAAACAUAAUUUCAUCGAAACCUCAGUCACCGCUUCUUUCCUGUCUUCCUUUUUUCCAUCUCGACUUGAACUGUUUAGUUCAAUGGCACACGUCUCUUGCGUUAACAAGUAGGCCAUAUAUUUGUCGCUUUUUUCUCUUUUUCUUGCCACCAAGAUUUGCAUUGUUUAUAUUUCUGUUUUACCGAAUUGCAGUGAGCUGGCUUUCGAACUCGGUUUCAGUGUGAAGUUUGGGCCAACAUGUUUGCCGCUUUUCUCCAGCCAUCGCCCACUUGUCGAUCUUCGGAAACCUACAAAAUCAUCCUGUUUCCUUGAAGAUCUACGCGUCCAUUUUGAUUGCAAACAGCAAAUCAAUACUAAAAAUUAAAAGCAGAAGACAGCCCACGUAAUUGUAUAUAAAAAGAAGUCCGUACAAAGUUAUUUUAGGUGGAAUCCGUGCUAAACACUCUGCAAGUUCACUGAAAGUCUUCAUUUGCAAUUUUUGUUUACCCUCCAACGCCUCGCUUUCAUGACUAGGCACCAGUUUUUUCCCGCGUGUCCGCCAUUUGUGAAUACGGUGUAUGCGCGAAAUGGUGCGAAGAUGAUGAAACGCAGAUUUACAAACAUUGUUUACAUGGGGAAGCAUUGACAUAGUGGUAUCGAAGAUAGCGACAAUGUUUCUUGCAUGUGGAGAGGGCUUGAUUAUGUCAGUUCCAAAGCGAAGAGGGGGUAGGGAUUGUUGUGGAUUAUAUUUUGAGAAUACGUAGAGAAGCUCAGUCUUCUCUUUGUUUAGUUUUAGUCUAUUGAUGGACAUCCACUUAUCAAUGUCGGACAGGCAUUCCUCAAUCUUAGUGAUACUGUUGGUUAAUUCCACGUCGUUGUUUGUAGAGAUAGAAAUAUACAAUUGAGUGUUAUGGGCGUAAAAGUGAAAUGGCAUUUCUUGUAAUCGUAGAAUGUCGGCCAUUGGUGUUGUGUAGAGUACAUACAGAAUCGGUCCAAGGACAGAACCUUGAGGUACACCGCACUUGAGCUCUCGAGACUGCGAUCUACACCCUUCGAUUAACGCAAAUUGCGAGCGAUUAGUAAGGUAGGAACGAAACCAUUCAAGAGCUAUGCCAGAGAUAGAGUAUUAGAGUGCAAUCUUGUAAGGAGGAAAUCGUGCUCCACAGUGUCGAGGGCAGCAGACAGGUCUAACAGUAGAAGCAUAACACAGUGUCGUUUAUCAAUAGCAACCAAAAUGUCAUUAUGAACGCGCAAAAGGGUGGUUUCUCAACUGUGGAAAGGUUUAAAGGCAGAUUGUAGCCGCUCAUUUAGCUGGUUAGCUUCUAAAUAUUUUUGAAGACGUACUGCGACGACCUUUUCAAUAAUUUUUAAGAUCACCUUGAGGUUUGAAAUCGGUCUGUAGUUUACAACAACUUCAUGAUCUAAGCUGGCUUUCUUAAGUAGUGGAGAUAGAACAGCAGUUUUCAAAGAGGAAGGAAAACUGAGGGCUCAAAAUAACGGCCGGUCAAUGAACAAUGUCCGGCCUGAUCAUGGACUUGACCGGUCAAACUCUUAUCUUGUCGGUCAUUUUGACCGGUCAUUUUUGGAUGCGAACCUUUUAAAAUAUUUUCCAUAUAUAACACUGUAAUCAUUUCUUUUUUCUUUGCCUUUUUUUUUUCUCAUGUUUUGCACUAAAACUUUUAAAGAAAACGAAUACCGCAUUCAAUUUCAUGUUGUCAUGUAAUGAAACGCGACAAAGCGAAACAACAACAAACUGAGUUGUGGAGUAACCCAACGAUGUUGCAGUUCGUACUGUACUUUCUGCUUUGCUGUGAUUAGCAAUGUGACCUUCUUUGGGAAAACAUACGCGUUAUUUGUUGUAAGAGGGUUGUAAAAAUCACCUUCGACGGAAUUCGGGUUAAUCGAUCGCAAUUCUGUACGUCCUGUACUGUUUCUCCGGGAAUAAAUUUUAGCGCAUUGAGUAAUUAUAUAUAAUUUCUUUAUGUCGAACAUGAAUCUCGUUUGCGGAAUCGAUUGCAGAAUUGCCUGAUAAAAAUUUAAGCUAAUCGAAUAGGAACGUCGCCUAUCUUGGCGCUUAAAAUCCUCCUUCUUAUAAACAGCUUUACACAAAUUUCUGUAAACGUUUAUAAUGAGCCCUUCACAAUAAAGUGUUGCGCGAUGUACGACCCAAACGAAAGCUCUGCUGUAUAUUUAUUGACUUCUGAUCCCAGCAUGAAAAUGAAGAUUUACGCAAAAUUAAAGUUUGCGUAAACCUGCGUAAAGUUGGUCAUCCAACUUUACGCAAACUUUCCACGGCGCGUAAAGGUUAGUAAAGGUAAAUUUACGCGCUCGGCUCUUAAAGGUUUCGUAAAGUUAGCAUAAAGUUGUUGUAACAGCUUUACGCUCAUUUACGCUACAAGUAAAGGUUUAGUAAGGUUGUUAUAUAAUGCUAGCUUAAUUCCUAACAGUAAUUUAUUCCCGGCACUGUUUUUAGUAAGUCGUUUGUGUCCUGAUACUAGUUCGCAUAGUUUUUUUGAUCACUCAUUUGGUGUUCGAUGUUGGUGUGCGAUGUAAACAAGCAAACCACGCAAAUUUUUUUUGGUGGUGCGAACGACUUCGUACACGCUUAAAAAUGACGCUGAAAAGAAAAUUCUGCUGGCGGAGUUCAUGCAAAGAUAUAGCUUGCGACUGUGCGGCAAUUUUCGAAAAACGGCAUAUCUGUCGCGGCAAACACAAUAGCCUUCAAUACUCAGUAGUAUUCCCUCAUUGAUUUCAGUCAGUAUAAGGUGUUUCUUCCUUAACGGUCACCUCUCUACACGGGCCAUUUUUGUUUUGUUUCUUUCAACCUCUCUACUAUGGCCACUUUCUUCGAUGUCCCUAAGGUGGCCGUUGUAGAGGGUUUCAACUGUAAUUUGAUCAAAUUGAAAUAAUUGGAAAAUAAAGAAAAAAUAUCGCCUCGCAAAAACGGCGAGUCUUACCAGGAGCCGCAUUACUUAAAGAGAAAGAACGCAUUCACAAAUUACUGUGACCAUUUUACAUUCAACGGAGUACUGGCUUCAUCGUUGAACCUCCUUUAUCGCUUCCUUAUUUUAAGUCCGCGGACUUCAGGUUUGGGAACGGACAAUUUGUUAAAAGAAAGGGGCCUGGAAACAAUAGAGUGAAGGGACACCUGGUCAGCGGGCUUGUUCCUUUGCACAUGCUCAAUCAGGUUCGUUGAUUUGGCGUCCAUUUUGAAAGUGUCCAACGGUUUCAAACUUGCUUCUUUGAAAGGUUGGAGAUCGUUCGUAUAUUAUGCUUCUUGAUAGCAUCACAGGACAUCUUAAGGUUGUUACAAUUUAUAAUGGCACUAUCAGCCUUUAGUAAUCGAUCACUUCUCAAGUGUGCAGCAACCCUUUCGGGACGAGAUACUCAGUCAGAAAUGGAGACAGAAACAUCGUGUGAUCGAAGCACAAGCAUUAACACUGGAAUGUUCACAACACAGACCAAGACUGUAUUACACGUAUUACUAAGGCUCUUCGAUACUCAAGAUCUCGCUGAAAAGAGCAGAUAGCAAGGCAAGGUAAGUUGUCCUGGCUCGCCUUUUCUCUAACUUUUUAAGCUUAAUUCCAACUUGUUUAUGACGAGUUCGAAUGACUGUCUCAAGUACUCAGUAACUAACAUUUCAGUGAGCAAUGAAACCAGCAUUAACCGUUUAAAGUAAAUUAUAACUAAACAUGUGUAUUUAUUUGGCAUAAUCUUUCAAUACUAAGCAAGCAACGAGACCAUGACGUUGAAGAUGAUAAUGUAAAAUCAUGUAAGGACUUUGGGGGUCUGAAGGAGUAGAAUUUCCUUGUUUUGUACUGGAAAAUAGGAGUUUGGUCACUGGUACUGGGAAUUACUAAAAGAAAAUAAUGGAAUUAAGAAAGGACAUCUGUAUAAAGUAAGCUUACAUGUAAUGUGAUACAAACAUUCUUAUGAAAAUUUUCACAGACUAUAGAAGAACUAAUAAACAGAAUAGAAAAGUGUUAACAAGUGUUGAAUUUGCAAGUAGACAAAGAUAAUCUACGUAGUCUGGUUCUAUAUUUUCAUGCGUCAGUCAAUAACAAACCCAAGCUUCCCAAUUCCCCGGGCAGUCAUAGUGUCAUGAGUGGUGAAUAAUUUAACAGCAUGCAUGUAUUUUUUGAAGCAGAUACAAAAGUUUAUUUUUGAUUUUAAAUUACGUGGGUUUUAACUUAAAUGAACAGAGAAUGAAUAGACAUUUUCAUGAGUCUUUCAAUGCAUAGCUAAUGCAGACCAUGGUUGAAUUAGAAUGUAUUUUCAUGUAAGUGCCAACAUAGUUGUUAACAUCUUCACAGUUUCAUACCUUCAUCUGCAGUUCAAGGUAUGAUUCAUUUCAUAUAUUACCAUUAAUUUUAAUCUUCAUUGUGCACUGCUCCUAUGAAAUUUUAUUGUGGUUCUUGAGAGGAUAUAGUGCAGCACAUACUGUCAGGAAAUUGAAUGCCUUACUUUUUGGGAAGCAAAGCACACAGUCAUGUUAGAAACCAGAAAUUGUUCUAUUUGCACCUUAGUUGUAUCGUCAGUAAAUCUAGGUUUAAAGGAAAAUAAAAUUUAAAGAAACAAGUUGUGAAAGAUAAGACUGUUAAGAGAGUCAUAGCAGUCAUAGCUGUUUUGGAUUCUCUUGUCUACAUACACCAUUAUUAAUCUGCAAAUACAACUGUCUCUCUUGUGAAAUGUCCCUGGUGGCAAGGAAAGAAAAUAGGCUGCUUUAUUUACAGGGUACACUGUACAUUAUUAUUAGGAGGCAUUGUUUUCAAGAUUGAGGAUAAGGGCUUUAAAUAGCAAAGUGGCUUCACUCCUGUUACAUUAACUAGGAACCUUGAACGUUUCGUAUUAAAAAGGAAAAAAUAUGUUGGGUAAAGUUUCAGGAAAAUUUGAAACUUUUGGGAAUAAGGUGCUUUUAUGUUUCUAUAUUUUCCCUGAAAGUCUUUGGUGGAGCUCAUGAGAAGGCUAGGGAUGUUUAUUGAUUUGGAACUUUAGUCCGGGACAGGUAGAAAUUUAGUUCGAACAUGUAAACCUUUGAUAUGACUUGUCCGUGGGACAAGCACAUUUUUAAUUAGAAAAAUAAAGAUAAGAAACAAUAUUCCAUUUAACUUUGCUAUUCCACUGCCAGUCGUUCAUCCAUUUGCUUUUUUACAAGCUCUGUUGUAGGUUUAAUUCAAAAAUAAUAUACAAGGGUAAUAAUGUGAUUAAAUAAUGUGAUUAAAAACAUUAAAUGCCCGUUCCAAGCUAAACUUUUUGGACAAGAACUCUAGGUUUCGGACAACCAAAUUUAAUGUAUUGCUUGUGUGAAGGACAAGUGGAUAGGAAAAUUUCUCUCUUACCAGGGUGCAAAGAAGGUGAUUUUUAAAGCUUGCCAUUCGGGCAAGCUGAAGCUAGCAUAUACUAGCCCAAAUGUCAUUUCAACUAGCCCCCAAACAGUUUUGAUGAGCAGAAUCGAUUUCACAGUUCUUCGUUAAUUUGAAUUCCUCAAAAAAUUUCACUUGCCCAUUGGGCAAGUUAAGUUCAAAAUUCACUAGCUCGAUAGCAAAAUCCACUAGCCCCAGGCUAUCGGACACUACUUUCUUUGCGCACUGCUUACUCUCUAAUAAUAAUAAUAAUGUACAUCCAGUGGUUUUUCAUAGCACUUUACAACGAUAUUAAUGGAUGAUACUUUUAUAAAAAUGCAUACAUUAAAAUAAAAAAAGAUAUACAUUGUAAAACAUUGAACUCUAAUAAUAUAAUAAACCAUUGUUAAUAAAUUUAACAUAUAUAUAUGCUUCAGUCUCCCCAACUAGUAAGGCACUGUGCCUGUGUUAUAAGACAUGAGACUUUAAUAAAGUUCAUUACUAUUAUUAUUAUUAUUAUUAUUGUUAUUAUAGGGUUUCCAUGUAGCAUUUUACCCUGAUUUUCACUCAACUGCAAGUAGGGUUCUGAAUGUAAAUAUUAUUGCCUUUAAGGAAAGCCUUUAACUCAUACUAGUCAAACAUUUUGAAUCUUUAACAGUCAGAUGAAUCUUAUUCAGUUGUGUGAAUUUGUGGACAUUGAAAUCAUUUGCUACUCAGGUUUUGCACUGUUAUUAGACCACUUGUGGAAAAUGCCUUAUCAUUUUUUUCAAAUUUUUAGUCUUGGUUUGUGAAAAGAGGCAUGUGGGGAACCCUGUGUCAAGUAAAAUUGUCCUGAUUGUAGUAAUUUGGCCAUGAGUGUAGGAAAAAAUAUUAUUAAUUAGUAAUAGCAGGCGGUGUCCUCUGGCAACUUAGGGAGUGUUUUACAUGACACCAGGGCAACUUUUGCCCCGGAGCGAGUUCACUCCGGUUCCCUCUCAUAGCUCUAUAUUUGUUUACAUGAUACCACCACAAAAUGUCAUGCAGGCGCGAGUCACCCCAGCGUGAGUUCACCCCGGUUCUUGUACCGGGGCAAGAAUUUCACUCUGGUACAAAAUCUCAUGGCAGUAUCAUGUAAAUGCGAAACGACCACCCGUUUCGGCAUGAAAUCGGUCUGCCGGUAGACUGGAAUGGGUAGCGCACGCGUAAUGUUUGCUAUUUUGUAUCACACUUGUAUUUUAUCAACAUAAAGUGCACCUUCAAGUAACGAGAUAUGAAAUGACUCAGUAAACCCGAUACAAAAUCAAAAAGUCAUCCCAGUAUGAGACUCGCGCCGGUGUGAGUUUUCUCAUGUAAACACCCCCUUACUGUACAUGUACUUGUGCCUUUAUUGCACGAUUAAGUGUAUUAUCACUAGCCUACAAAUAAUCUGUGUAGUUUACUCAAAUAAUACUUGCUUUCUAUUUAUUCAGCAGAUCAGCCUGGUAUGGGAUGUUGGUGACAGAAAGUCCUCUCAAAGCAAACAGGAUUAAUAAAUGUUAAUUACAAGCCUUAGUCUUGUAAAGUGGUUCCAGGGCUGUCACUAAGGGCCAUAAACCAGACUUUAAAUCGGCUACUUUGAGCCCAAUACUUGGCUGUUUUGAGAGGAAACGAAACUUUCCACAUGUUCAAUGUCCCGCUCACUAAUUUCACUUAAACCCUGCAACUUGCAAUCUUAGUGACAGCCUUGUGCAUCUAACUUUUACAUCAUCAGUUUAUGAAAAUGAUUUGUUAUUUGGAUUUUGUUGUUAAGUUUGACUGUAAACACUUCUGGGAGUGAAAGGGCUAAAUCAAGAAACCAUCAAUGUUAUACAUGUAUUAGGCUUUCAGUCUUUUUAUUUCUUAUCUAAAAUUGUUUAAGCUUUUAAUUUGAAUUAUGCUAAAUAUACUAAAUAUUUUCAUUUUGGAAGAGACCAUUUUGACCCAGCUUUACAUUAAUUUGCGUGUUAGAGUUGCUGUUUUUCAUCAAAAUUUAACUUCAUCAGUUUUCUUGUACACCCUGUACCUUACAUGUAAAUGCUAAUAAUUAUUUCAAACUAUAAAUCAUCUUAAUUUGGUAUAAUACUAAGUUAAGAUGAUUUUUUUUGGAUAUUUUGAGAAGACUGUUUUGACCCAUUUGAAAAGUUUAUGUACACUGUAUCUUCUUAUUUAAACCUUACGUGUUGGAAAAAUUUUCGUUUUUUUUUUAUUUUUAAUGUAAUGACAAAGAUGCUAACACAGAAAUAAAUCAUGUUAUAUUUAGAAAAUUCAGUUUUAGAGAAUCAGUGUGUUUUGUUUUUUAAAGGGAACCUCCACUCUUAGUACAGAAUAAGUUUAAAUCGAAUAAAUUAUGUUGAUAAACAAAUUUGUUCGAAAUUUGUCUUAAAAAAAGUGUUUAUAUCAGGAAAAGAGAAUUUUAAAAUCGCUUAUUUUCACUUUCAAAUUUCGCGGGCGCCGCCAUCUUGAACAAUUGUGACGUGUUACGGUUGCUCUAUUGUUCUGACACAAAGAGUUUUUGUUUAAUAACAAUAGGGCAACCAUUACACGUCACAAUUAUUCAAGAUGGCGACGCCCGCAAAAUUUGAAAACAAAAAUAGGCGAAUCUAAAAGUUAUUUCUUUCGGAUACAAACGCUUUCUUUAAAAAUAUUUUAGAUUGACUUGACUGUAACAGUUAUUUCCUGUGAUUUAAAGUUAUCUUUUUGUUGAAGUGGAGGUUCCCUUUAAAACCUUGUAAUAUCACUCUUUGCGGGACUAAACUUAAAGAAUGCGAUUCGUAUUUGCAGCUUUUGCAGUUACAACAAUGUAGCAUACCUGGCGAUUUUCAUGGGAUUUGAAAUGUAAAAAUAAAGAUAGGCAAUUUGAAAAUUGGUUAUGGUAAUGCAAAAUUGGAAACGGAAAGGGGCCCUAUUUUUUAAACUACUACUUAUUCAAAGUUCAUCUACUGGUUAAACAAUAUAACUCCAUUGAAGCAAGUUAUAACUUAAUAGUAGGGAUGACUAAUGUCAGUUUGAAGUUGGGUUCUUAUUUUUCUAUAGGUCUAUUGGGUUCUCAACGCUUUAUAACUUUUCGUUUUUGUUGUCAGUUUUGAAGAAUAAAAACAAAAUUUCUGGCCUAAUCCUUUAACUGUGUGUUGAAGUGUUGUUGCAUAUUAGGGUAUUUUAUUUUGUGUCGAAACUUGAAUUGGGGAUUACUCAUACAAUUAUUUGUAAUGUAUAUAUGAGUAAUCCUCCAUGGCUCCAGAUUGUAAAUACUAUGGAGAGAUGAUGGGGGAACCAAAGAAAAUAACCGGUAUUAAGUACAUAACAAAAAUCCAAUGUUUGUGUGACAUGGACAAAAAUAAAAUUUUGAUUGUUAAAAGUUUGGUAAGAAAAAUUUACCGAUUACCAUUAUAUUUCCCUUUAUUUUUAAAGUUUCCAGUGUGUUUAUGUGUAUAUAUAUAUGGCGUAAAGGAGCUUGUAUUUUCGCUUUACACAAGCUUAAAGUAGGGUUUACACAAGCUUUACGCAAAACGUAAAGGUGUUGCGUAAAGUUUUUGUUUCAUUACGCCAGCUUUAUAUGUACGCGAGGUGCUGUAAAGCUGAACUUUACUUAGAGUAAAGGAAGCGUGAAGUUGUGUAAAAUUCAACUAUACGCUGACUUUACGUUGUCAUUACGCUCACGAUAAAUACGCUGUUUGUGGAAUGAAUUUCUCGACAAAUCAACUUCUUUGCCGAAAAUAUUUAGUCGAGGAGACUUUCGAUCACCUGCCAGGCAACGAAAAAGAUCGACUUUCCCCGAUAUGCAGCUAUGGGACUUGGAGACUUGAGACACCGCCGUACGAUGAUACUCAAAGUCAAAGUAUAUAUAAACGGUCAUGAAAGCGGGGGAAACCCCAGAAAGGAACUCAACAACUUGAGAAUGAAUUUCACCAACUUGCCGCUAAAAAUCUGAACUUCAAUGCAGUACAGCGAUCUAUUGCCAGCGUAAUUUGAUAUUCCAUAUAAGGCCAAAAAAAAUCGUUGUAUUCAUUAUUUGACCGACCAAAAUCCGGGUUUGUCCUAUUUGGCCGGUCAUCAUGACCGGCGACCUACUGUCCGUCAUUUCGAGCCCUGGGAAAAUGAAGCGGAUCCAAAAUACAGGAUUUCAUAAUGAUAUUGUUAGCAAUGUCCGUCAGUUCGGUGUUAGAUGUUGAUGCAAAAUUUGCAAGCUGACAGGUUAGUGAUGAAGUAUGUAGGGUUCGGAACAAAUCAUGAUCAGGAAUUAUAGGUGUACCAAAAUUACUUCUGAUAUCGACGAUUUUCUCCUCAAUGAAGUGAACGAAUUUAUUAGCGAGGUCAACUGCAGAAGAGCUAGGGAAAAGUUUAUCUUCUUUACUGUAAAGAAGACGAGUAAUUGUACAAAACAGGGUUUUGCUGUCACUUUCAGCUGAAUAGAUAAGGCUAGAAUAGUAGGCCAGGCUGCAGUGAACUGCAAAGUGAUCAAAUUUGAGAUAGAUGUUUCACCUGAUUUUGUGAUAAUUAGAUCUAGAACAUUACUGUUCUCGUGUGUUGGAGGACAAAGAUUGACGAUAUCCAGAUUAAAACAAUUUAAGAGAUCCAGGAAUUGACUUGCGGUGCUGCCAGAUGGAUCGUUAACAUGGAAAUUGAAAUCUCCAUCUAAGACUAAAUUUCCAGGAGAGGACACUAGGUGUUCCAGUAGCAUGGAAAAUUGAUAAAAAAAACCAUCAUGCAUACGACCAUUCUUCACAGAAAUGGGAGGACGGUUAACUAUAAUAGUACGUGUAAUACAAUUGUCAGAGUGAAGCAAUAAUUCUUUAAAUUCAAAUGAUUUGUAAGGCACUUGCUGAACUUUAAGAUUUGUCCUGUAAAGCAUUCCAACACCUCCACCAAUUCCAUUGAGCCUUGGGGAAGGAACGAAAGUGUAUCCAGUCGAAGUGACAUCGCGGAGUAUGAUCUCCUUUAGGGGGUCACUGAGCCCAGCCGAUUGUUCUCAGAUUGAGUCAUGCCCAACUCAUUCUCGCAUCGUGGCUCGAACUUUGAAAUUAAACGAAAAAUGCAUAAAAAGACAACUAUCAAAACAAAUGCAUAUACCUUGAACGCUGAGACCUAAAUAAUUCCAGGAGCCAAUCUAUUUUUAGCUCUCUGCGCUUACCCUUCAUCAAAAGGCUUGAGUCUAAGCGAGAAACCGAGCUCGCUCUUCCAACUAGUUUUAAAGUACUGUUUGUGUUUCUUUUUCUCGGAGUCAGUUGACCCGGAAGAAAUAUAAGGCAGUGGACAUAAGCUGUUGCAAACAAAAAUAUUAUGAAUACCGGACAAUUUGAUUUACUGGGGUACCUACCGGCCAAAUAAUACAUCAGGGUAGCUUCUCUUGUCCAUGAUUUUCUUCGACAUAGGCACACGGACCUUACAGCAAAAAAAAAUUCGCAAACUGAAACGACAGAAACUGCAGAUCGUUUCACCUCGGCCACGAGUUGCAAUUGGAACUGACAUCCAAGGGAGCCACACAGCUGAAUACUCUGUCUAUAUCAAAAGAUGUCACAACUAAUAUUAAUAUUUUUAACAUUUUAAUUGCUUAUAAUUUUAAUCAAUCUGGGUUAAUUAUUUAUCUAUCUUAUAAAUUUAUUUAUUUAUUUUUUCUGCCGUCCCUCAUUCACCGUCGGAAGGCCGUUCCUCCCUUUACAGAGUCGUGCAUUUUUGUCGGAAAUGGUACGCAGUGCAACUCAACAUUGUUUAUUUUGGCCGAGACGGUUAACGGGUUUGCUAAAAAAGUGACCAAUUGCAAUCUAAUCGUCUUUAUGGUCAAUACCAAUGUUGAUUGCCAAAAUUGCAUUUUGAUAAGUAACAUUGGAUGUUAAGUCUCAACUUUGAUUUAUGGCGGGAUUGGUACGCCUUUGUAACUCAACAACUAACUAGAUGAUUCAAAGUUCAUCUUUCGCGAAAAAGCGCGUGUAUCGAGAGCAAUGAUAGUUAGUGCACUUGAAUGUUGAUGGACAAAGUUUAAUGUUGAACUCUCACUGAUAAAGUUAAAGCGUAAAGUUUUGACGCUUGUGCGUUAAGAACUGCAAAAUUGAACCGCAAAAUCUAAUGUUGAUCUUUCUGUAGUAAAAUGUUACACUGCAGCUCUGCUGAGUAUAUGUCUUACUCUGAAGUAAGUGCUUAGGGUAGGUAUUUUCCUGGUUUUAUAGAACUGGAUGGCUUACACCGAGGCGAAUUUUGGCAACUUUACUUUAACAGACAGCCUUGUAGUCAUGAAGAACAGUCAACAAGACAACUAUGCUUUUUGUCAG